AUGGCGCAUUUCUAUCCAGUUGGGAAGCCUGGAGCUAAAUGGGAGCUGCCAGAGAGAGAGGAGUGGUUGGCAAGACAGAACAUCAAACGGUCCUACCACGAGGAGGUGGUCUCAAAGAUCAAGAAGCUUGAGGGUGAUUUCGAGGUUCUUCAAUACGGUGCCCUCUCCUAUGACACAGAGACAUAUCCCCUUUUUGCAAUCAAGACGCAUGGCUUCGGUACGACCGGAAAGCCUGUUGUUCUGAUCACCGGCGGCGUUCACGGGUAUGAGACCAGUGGAGUGCAAGGGGCUCUCCGUUUUCUUGAGUCCCGGGCCAAAGACUACGCAGGUGACUUCGACAUCUUGGUUGCCCCAUGCGUUAGCCCGUGGGGGUAUGAGACCAUCAACCGAUGGAACCCCAAAGCAGUGGAUCCAAACCGAUCCUUCAAGCAGGAAUCGGAUUCUGAAGAGGCAGCUGCUGUCAUGAAACUGGUAGCAAGUGUCAAGUCGCCAGUGCUAAUGCACAUAGAUCUCCACGAAACCACAGAUACGGACGAAAGUGAGUUUCGCCCUGCGAAAGCUUCUCGCGACGGCACAGAGUACGUUCCCGAUGGGAUACCUGACGGUUUCUAUACUGUGGGCGACACAGAGAAUCCACAGGCCGAGUUCCAGGCUGCAAUCAUCAAUUCCGUGCGGAAGGUCACCCACAUCGCGCCUCCCGAUGCGAGGGGCAAAAUUAUUGGCGAGGCGGUGGUCCAGGAAGGCGUCAUCAACUACCCCGUGAAGUCAUUGGGUCUCUGCAGCAGCAUGACUGGGGCCAAGUUCGCCAGCACCACUGAAGUUUAUCCAGAUAGCCCUAAGGCCGGUCUGGGCGUGCUUUAG